GAGAUAACCACAUGCUACUACUACUACUCUUUUUGUUAACGACUUUUGAUCUAGUGAUAAAAAGGAUGGUGUGUUUUGAGUUGCUUUAUACUAGAAGACAAGAGAGAGUGUUAAAUGGACCGUCUAACAAAAAAGUUGAAGCAGUAAUAGGGAGGGAGUCGAAGAACAUGGGGAAAUGGAAUCAAGCGCAAGAAUAAAUGAAGAAUAUGUUCUUAGAAUAAAUCAGAAACACAUGGAGUUGUGUCCACUGUACAGGAAAGGGAAUCACACGCUCAUGUUCAUAUAACAUGUAUAUUGAUUGACGUUGAUUUCUGUACCUUAAAAAAGCUUCGUUGGUCUGGGAUUGUUGUUAUAGUAUUAAUUCAGUCAACGAUCUUCUCAUUCGCUCACUCACUAUUUAUUAUUUAUUCAUUGUCGUGUCGUAGUUGUACUUGUACUUGGUUCAUGAGUGUCCCUCAAACCAUUGAAACGUGCAAAUCGGAUCUAUAUCCCACAUACAAACAACACAAACAUCAUUAUUGAACAAGUUGGCACCCCCCUUCUCUUCUUCUCUUUCUGCCUCUGUGACUCUGCUGCCUGCUGAAGCUGACAUCUCAGUUUGGUUUGAAUGGCGGCAGUCACAGCAUCGGUGAUUGCUUACAAGCUCAUGGAAGAACCACAACCUUUUUCCCUUGCUGAUGUUGCUGCUGCUGCUGUUGCUGCUGCUGAUGCCUCUUCUCCGACUCCUUCUUCUUCUUCUUCUGGUAAUUUUGCAGAGACUGGGAAUCCAUCUGAUGCGGUCGUCUUCUUUGGUAUCAGUAUGGUACUUGGGAUUGCAUGCAGGCACCUCCUCCGCGGCACCAGAGUCCCUUACACUGUUGCCUUGCUCAUCAUUGGCAUUGCCCUUGGUUCCAUAGAGUAUGGUACUCAUCAUCGGCUGGGAAAGAUUGGGGAUGGAAUUCGUAUUUGGGCAGAGAUUAAUCCAGAACUUCUGCUGGCCGUUUUUCUUCCUGCUCUCCUUUUUGAGAGCUCAUUCUCAAUGGAAGUUCACCAAAUCAAGAGGUGUAUUGCUCAAAUGAUCUUACUAGCUGGUCCUGGAGUUGUGAUUUCAACCUUUUGUCUUGGAGCUGUUUUGAAGCUAACUUUUCCAUAUAAUUGGAGUUGGAAAACAUCACUAUUGCUUGGGGGACUUCUGAGCGCAACUGAUCCUGUUGCAGUUGUAGCUUUGUUGAAGGAGCUCGGUGCCAGUAAAAAACUAAGCACAAUAAUUGAAGGCGAAUCCUUGAUGAAUGAUGGGACGGCUAUUGUGGUUUAUACUUUGUUCUAUCGAAUGGUUCUUGGUAGCACCUACAAUUGGGUUGAUGUUAUCAAAUUUCUAGUGCAAGUCUCAUUUGGAGCUGUAGGAAUUGGUGUUGCUUUUGGGAUAGCAUCUGUUUUAUGGCUUGGGUUUAUUUUUAAUGAUACAGUGAUAGAGAUUUCCCUUACACUUGCCGUUAGCUACAUUGCUUACUUCACUGCUCAAGAGGGUGCUGAUCUAUCUGGUGUUUUGACUGUCAUGUCGUUGGGAAUGUUCUAUUCUGCAUUUGCAAGGACAGCUUUUAAGGGUGAAAGUCAACAAAGUUUACAUAUCUUUUGGGAAAUGGUUGCAUAUAUUGCUAAUACAUUAAUUUUCAUCUUGAGUGGAGUUGUUAUAGCUGAAGGAGUACUUGGUGAUGACAAUGUCUUCCAUCAUGGAACAUCAUGGACCCACCUCUUGCUUCUCUAUGUUUAUGUUCAAGUGUCGAGAUGCAUCGUAGUUGGUGCAUUAUUUCCCUUGCUAAGGUAUUUUGGAUAUGGCUUGGAUUGGAAAGAAGCUUGUAUUCUAAUCUGGUCAGGAUUGCGAGGGGCAGUUGCCUUGUCACUUUCAUUAUCAGUCAAGCGUUCAAGUGGCCGAUCACUUGAAUUGACUCCAGAGACAGGAACACUGUUUGUUUUCUUCACUGGUGGUAUUGUGUUUUUAACACUUAUAGUGAAUGGUUCGACAACACAGUUUGUUUUACACUACCUUGACAUGGACAAGUUAACAGCUGCAAAGAAACGUAUCCUUGAUUUCACAAAGUAUGAAAUGUUAAACAAAGCACUAGAAGCUUUUGGUGAACUUGGAGAUGAUGAGGAACUAGGGCCUGCUGAUUGGGCCACAGUGAAGAGAUAUAUCUCCUGCCUAAAUAACAUUGAAGGUGAACGUGUUCAUCCUCACGGCACAUCUGAAAAUGAUACUAAUCUGGAUGCUAUGAAUUUGAAAGACAUACGAGUACGCCUUCUCAAUGGUGUCCAAGCUGCUUACUGGGAGAUGCUUGAUGAAGGACGAAUUUCUCAAACGACAGCUAAUAUUCUAAUGUUAUCUGUGGAGGAGGCAAUAGAUUUGGCUUCACAUGAGCCUCUAUGUGACUGGAAAGGCUUAAAAACUAAUGUUCACUUUCCAAAUUACUACAAGUUUCUUCAGUCUAGUAUGCUUCCACCAAAAUUAGUUACAUACUUCACUGUGGAAAGGUUGGAAUCUGCAUGUAAUAUUUGUGCUGCGUUUCUUCGUGCACACAGAGUUUCUCGACAACAAUUACAUGACUUCAUAGGUGAAAGUGAUGUUGCUUCUGCUGUUAUCAAUGAAAGCAUUGCAGAAGGAGAAGAAGCACGGAAGUUCCUGGAAGACGUUCGCGUAACAUAUCCUCAGGUCUUAGGAGUUGUGAAAACAAGGCAAGCCACAUAUGUAGUGCUAAAUCACUUAAUUGAAUAUGUUCAAGACCUUGAGAAGGCUGGGAUUUUGGAGGAGAAAGAGAUGUUGCAUCUGCAUGAUGCUGUCCAGACUGAUUUAAAGAAAUUACUCAGAAAUCCUCCUUUGGUGAAGCUUCCUAAAAUAACUAGUAUGCAUCCUAUGUUGGGCGCUCUGCCUUCUCCGGUUCGUGAAUCACUUAUAAGUGGUACCAGGGAAAUGAUGAAAUUGCGUGGCUUGACACUAUACAAGGAAGGAUCAAGAUCAAAUGGAAUUUGGUUAAUUUCUAAUGGAGUGGUAAAGUGGGAAAGCAAGGUGAUAAGAAACAAGCACUCUUUCAAUCCAACUUUCUCACACGGGAUCACAUUGGGUCUUUACGAAGUGCUGACAGGAAGGCAGUAUAUCUGUGAUGUCCUCACAGAUUCCGUGGUGUUCUGUGUCUUCAUCGAAGCCGACAAGAUAGUUUCAUGCCUUGGAUCAGACCCUUCCGUGGAAGACUUCCUGUGGCAGGAAAGUGCUAUUUUCCUUUCCAAAGUAUUGCUUCCCCAGAUAUUUGAGAAAAUGUCUAUGCAAGAACUAAGAGCCAUGAUUGCUGAAAGAUCACAAAUGACAAUAUACAUAAGAGGAGAGACAAUAGAAAUACCGAAUCAUUCGGUCGCAUUCUUGCUAGAAGGAUAUGUCAAAACUCAAGCUCGUCAAGAACUGGUAACAGCACCAGCAGUCCUGCUCUCUUCACAAGGGAAUCUAAGCUUCCACAGUUUGUCAAGUUCAGGUAUCAGGAAAAGUAGUUUUUCUCAUCAAGGAUCGUCUUAUCUAGUUGAAGCUAGAGCAAGGGUAAUCAUAUUUGACAUUGCAGCAUUUGAGGCUGAUUCUCCUCCUGCUAGAAGAUCAAAUUCGUUAUUAUCACAUUCCAUGGAACAUCCCCAUAGAACCUUACGUAGCAGAGAACACAGCGGUCUUAUGAGCUGGCCUGAAAACUUCUACAAGCAGAAGCCCCAUCGGCACAAUUCCGAAGGGAACGGCCGACAAAUAACUAAUUUGUCUGCAAGAGCAAUGCAGUUGAGCAUCUACGGAAGCAUGGUGGAAUUACGGAUCCCUGGCCGGAGCCGAAGUUCGACGAGCAAUCAGACUAAACCGGCUCUUAGUUUGUCAUACCCAAGCAUUGUGCCACAACAGGGGCGUCCACUCUUGUCAGUAAAAUCAGAAAGUGCUGUCACUGCAAAGAAGGGCCGCGAAGUGAGUGACUUAGCACAACAAAAUGCUCCAAACCAACCUCUACAACACACUGAAAGUAGAGUGCAGCAUCAUGGAGAUUACUCAAGUGAUGAUGAUUCAGUUGUUGAAGAAGAUCUUCUUGUCAGGAUUGAUUCUCCAAGCACCCUAUCUUUUCCCCAUUCUUGACUUGAAGGAAUGGGACAGUAGCUGAGAUAUGUAGUUGUUUUGUUUAAUAAAUGAUGCUUUCAUAGAAACAUUUUUGUACAUAAUAUAUUUGUAAGCGUGAAAUCAAAGCUUAUGAUUGAUCAUGUAAACUUUGCAAUUCUAAAGAAUGUUGAUUUCACCGUUUUCUUGUGCAGAUGAAUAAAAUUUUGAUAAGAAAAGAAAA